AUGACCCCCGUCGGCGCCGCCUGUGAUGCAUGUAAACGACGCAAGGUCAAAUGCGACCGAUCCGAUUCCUGUGCCAAUUGCCGCCUCUCUGGACUCCACUGCCAACGUUUGAUUCCACCACAGAAGAGGGGCCGUCGAAGGAUCAAGCCCAUACCUACAGAACGGAAUUCGCUGGCGACUAGUACAGAUGGCAGUCCCAACAACAACAACAGCAGCAGCAAAGAUCAACAUGAUCAUGGCCACGCCAAUGGGGAACAUCAUCAGUCCACAGCGUUUGUUGGAAGUAGCAAAGUCCCCAACUCAAGCCUCGCUCCAGCUCCUGUAUCAGUUCCCUUUUCUGCUCCGACGGAGCUUCUCUACCAUGUGUCACCCUAUUCCAAUUCCAAUUCUCCGCAAGCUGUAGUACUUGUAUCCUUUGCUUCGCCAGGCUCAGGCUCUUUUGCUCCUCCAUCACCAAUUGGACAUAGCCGAGAGGAUGCUGAACAGAUCCAUCGUCGCCUGAUGGCGACAAUUAGUCCUGUGAUUCUCCCCGAAGAGAUAUUGGUCUGCAUUCACCGCUACAUCGAUCUGUUCAUGCAGUAUCAUUUCCCCAAUUUCCCCGUCAUCUUUGAGUCAACCUUGCGAGCUCAUGCUCGUUGCUCGGGCUGCCGCCCCUGGACCACGACCUAG